AUGCCUAACCAACACAAAUCUAGUGGCAUCGCCCUCAAGAUCUCCCCCAUCGAAGGCGGAAUCUCCAAGCCCAACGUCAGCCAGACCAUCUUCGCCUACAAUCUCGACGUCAACCAGGUCUGGUACGAUAUGAGCGACAUCUUCGGUGACGGGUUUGCCGGAAAGUCCUUGACACUCAAGCCAACGGAUGCUACCUGCGAAAGCAUUGUAUGGGCUUCAGGCGAGCCACCCGCGGGUAGUCAGAUUAAGGUUCUUAAGUGA